AUGCCGGAUUCCGGAGCCAUUUCUAGUUCACGAAUUCCCUCCUGUUGGGACGAGGAGCAACCUCUUUUGUUGGGUCAUAUUGGCAAAACACCAGUAAUUGAACACAAAACGGGAUGGAAGCACAAUAAUGAAGGAGUUACUCCAUACCUGGAUAGUCUUAACAGCCUAGGUAAAAAAUUUAGACCAAAAUCAUUCAAAGAAUUUGUGGGGCAAAAUGUAGUUGCAAGGUCUCUUCUAACUGCAAUCUCUAAUAGGCGGAUAACAUCCCUAUUUCUCUUUCACGGUCCCCGUGGAACUGGAAAAACAUCUGCCUCGAGAAUAUUUGAUGCCGCAUUGAAUUGUCUUUCUUUUUAUAUUGACAAACCAUGUGGCUUGUGCCAAGAAUGUCUUCUAUUCUUUUCUGGAAGAAACAGGAACGUCAAGGAAGUUGAUUCAGUGAGAAUCAAUAGAAAAGAAAGAAUCAAAUCACUUAUUAAGAAUGCAGAGAUUUCCUCACGAUUUAAGGUUUAUAUCAUCGACGAGUGCCACUUGUUAAAAGGGGAAAGUUGGGCAACUAUAUUGAACAACCUCGAGGAACUUUCUCAACGUGUUGUUUUCAUUGCGAUUACUCUUGAACUUGAUAAACUGCCUCAUAAUGCAGUAUCGAAGUCUCAAAAAUAUCAAUAUACAAAGUUAAAAGAAAUUGACAUCAUAAGCAGGUCGGGAAAAUUAUGUGUGGCUGAAGGUGUUGAUUUUGACCUGGAUGCUUUAAAUUUCGUUGCUACUAAAUCAAAAGGUUCACUUCGGGAUGCAGAGAUGAUGCUUGAUCAACUGAGUUUGGUUGGAAAAAAGAUUACAAUAUCUUUGGUUUAUGAAGUAGUGAGUGUUUAG